AAAUGCAAAAUUGAAAAACAAACAGUCCAGCUUCUUCCCAUCACAGCGCUGCUUCUUCUUCUUCCUUCUGCAAUUCAUCGCCGCUGCUUCACUCUGCUUCUUUUUCUUCUCAUUGCUCCACUCCUUCUUCUAAUUUAUAUAAAUUUAGGAUUCGAAUUGCACGUAAUGCGUUUUGGGUAGCGGUUGGAACAAAGAUUCUACUACAUUUUUGGUUAUGAGUCUGGGUUGGAGAUGGCCAUUGACAUAAAAGUUGUUGGAGGGGCACAGAAAAACCAAGAAUGAAGCUUCUGGACCUCUAAAACCAAAGAGGUAAUCUGGCUAAACAUCCUCUCACUUUAGUUGGAAGCAAUUUUCAAUCCGCUACUUGUUUGUUGAAAUGUCUAUGAGAAAGUGAAUAUUCCAUACCCCCUAUUUGUGUGUUGAGGCUGCUAGAGCUUUAAAUUUCAUGACAGCUGAGUUCUCAUCGAAAAAAUGCCUAGGAAAUGAGAUAGUAAAACUCCAGGGAGCAGCCAUGCUCGCGAAAUCUCACCGACUGCUAAGAAAGCUUUCUCGUGUUGAGUCCAACUUCUUUCUGCCUGUGACCACUAUCGGGAGCUCUGCUCGUAGAUUUCUGCCUGUUGCAUUUUAUUCAACCCGGGAUCCAAAUCAACCGCCUACUGAGUAUUGUGAAGGUGGUAAUGGAAUUAGAAAAGUUCCACUGGCCAAGAAUUUGGCUAACUUGUUGGAGGAGUCCUCAAACUCACCCGACAAAGCCGGGCAAGAAAGCUAUUGUGGUGUUGAAAGAUCCGAAAAAAUAGCCCUGGCUAAGAAUUUGGCAUCCUUGGUUCAAGAAUCUUAUGAAGUUUCCAACAAAAAAUCAAAACAAAAAACCUGUGUGGAGAUCAAAAGGUUUCUUGAGAUGCGAAUAAAGAAGAAGGUGAAAGCACAAUACAGGAAUGGGAAAUACCAGGGCCUCAUGAUGAAAGUGAUUGCCGACCCCAACACUCUAAAGGAUGCAUAUGAUUGUAUAAGAUUGACCUCUAAUGUUGAUUUGGCAUCAGAUGGUGAUAACUUGCCGUUUUUGUCCAUUGCAGAAGAACUAGCUGACGGAAAGUUUGAUGUUGGGGCUAAUACGUAUUCAUUACGGACUAGAGGGCCAAAGGUCAAGAAAGAGGAACUAGUUUUACCAGAACUGAAAUUAAGGGUUGUUCAAGAGGCUAUUAGGAUAGUCUUGGAAGUUGUUUACCGCCCUUACUUCUCUAGGAUUUCCCACGGUCUUCGAAGUAAUAGGGACCAUUGGUCAGCAUUGAAAUAUAUACGCAAAGAGAUACCUGAUCCUGACUGGUGGUUCACUUUGCCCAUUAACAAAAAUCUUGAUGAUUGCAUCCUUGGAAAACUCCUGUCAACAAUGGAGGAUAAGAUAGAAGAUCCGGUUUUAUGUGGUAUUAUAAAGGAUAUGUUUAAAGCCAGAGUGAUCAAUAUAGAGUUUGGGUCUUUUCCUAAAGGACACGGUCUUCCACAAGAAGGGGUCCUGUCACCUAUAUUGAUGAACAUAUAUCUUGAUCUCUUUGACCGUGAGGUAUACAAGAUGUCAAUGCACUAUGAGACUUCGUACACAGUUAGGUCUGAAGAGCAGAAGUCGCACUCAAAGCUCCGUGGCUGGUUUAGGAAACAGAUAAGUGGCAGUAGUUUGCAACAACAUGAUUCUGGAAAGGACUCAGGUGUGAGGGUGCAUUGUUGUCGCUUUAUGGAUGAGAUAUUUUUUGCCUUUUCCGGUUCCAAAGAAGUCGCUUUGACGUUCAAGUCUGAAAUUGAAGGGUUCUUAAAGAAUUCUCUCUACUUGGAGGUAGAUGAUCAAGCUGAUAUUUUAGCAUCCAAUGAUCCACGUGGUGUUAAGUUUCUUGGUACUUUGAUCAGAAGGCGCAUGAAAGAGACUCCUGCUUUACGGGCUGUUCACAAGUUAAAGGACAAAGUCAAAAUAUUUGCUGAACAGAAACAAGAGUCUUGGGAUGCAGGAGCUCUCAGAAUUGGGAAGAAAUGGCUGGCUCAUGGACUAAAAAAGGUUAAAGAGUCAGAGAUCAAACAUUUAGCUGAUAGCAGCUCCAUUUUACAUCAGAUUUCCUACUAUCGUAGAUCUGGGAUGAAAACAGACCACUGGUACAAGGUGUUGCUGAAAAUAUGGAUGCAGCAUGUAAAUGCUAAAAGUGCAGGGAAUGAAGAAAAACUGUUAACGAAGCUUGUUGUGGAACCGGCUCUUCCACCAGAAUUAAGAGAUGCUUACUUUGAGUUUCAGAAACGAGCUAAAGAAUAUGUUGAUUCUGAGACAUCUGCGACACUUGCUCUUUUAACUGGCUCCGAUUCUUCACCCCAACCUCUUUCUAUAACAGAAACUGUUGUCCCACUAAACAUCUUAACAAAACGUCUUCAUCGCUAUGGAUUGACUAAUAGGGAGGGAUAUGCUCGACCAUGUUAUGUACUAAUCUUACUGGAUCAGGACCAAAUUAUUGAUUGGUUUACAGGGAUAGUUCACCGCUGGCUAAGAUGGUACAGGGGAUGCAACAACUUUAACGAAGUGAAGAAGAUAAUCUGUGAUCAAGUAAGAAUGUCAUGCAUCCGAACACUAGCUGUGAAGUAUAGGAUUCAUGAGGCAGAUAUAGAGAAGAAAUUUGAUUCACAGCUGAGUAGAAUCCCCUCAACUCAAGAUAUUGAACUUGAGGAAGAAAACACGGAACUGAUUUCUCUGGAAUCUAACUUUGAUGGUGCCUUAAUGUAUGGAAUACAAUACAGUGGUUUAUGUUCAUUGUCAUUGGCUAGAAUGGUGAGCGAGUCACGUCCUUGCUAUUGUUUCGCCAUAGGGUGCUCAGCCUCAGUCUCUUGUGUUUAUACUCUUCAUGUAAUGGAAAGACAAAAAUUUCCAGCUUGGAAGACUGGAUUUUCAAGUUCUAUACAUCCCAGCUUACAUAGGAGGAGAAUAGGAUUAUGUAAAAAGCAUGUAAAAGACUUAUUUCUUGGAAACAUGUCGCUGCAAUCAAUAGAAUUUGGUGCUUGGAGAUGAAUUCUAUUCUUUGCUCAUGUUGUUUCUAUCCAUGCAUGCUGUUCACAUUGGGAAAUGUAGCUACUGCAGAAAUGCAGCUAUGGCAUCUUGUAUUCCAUGUGCAGCAGCUAAGGUGGUAACUUAAAUCUUCUCUUGAUUUUGAAGUAUAUUAUUUAAGGCAAGAGAGAGAAUGCUCUUAUCUUUUCAUAGUGAAAAUAUAGCUGAACUGAGUACUUAUUAACUUCUGCAGUAAUAGUCAAUGCUAAAAGCUCAUACCACCAAGUCCUGCUAUCUUUUGUUUUUCACCAGUCUCUCUCUAUAAUCAUUUGUAGUGGAUGCUUCUUUAUUUGACAUUGCCAUAGCAACAGUGGCUUUCGGUCUUUCAGAAAAUUGGGGCCACAGUUGUUUUGCAUCUGCAGGUAUAGUUAGAUAACACUAAUGUGUAUUCCGUGUUUGAUACCUUGAGUCGAUAUGUCAAUGUCCUGAUUUUAGAAGUUUCUGUGACUUUUUUAUCCACAGCAGCAGUCAGGAUAUUAUUUCUUCAGUUUAUUAUCUCUUUGAAAUGCUUACAGGGAUGUACGUGCAACAUCAUAUGCUGAUUGCAUAGAUGGAACUAGCCGACUAGCAAAUCAUGCAAAUUCGGUUGCUGGCUUAAUGGUAUGUAGCAUCUCCUUAUAUGAUAGGUUGAUAUGGGCAUCAUCUUUUUUGCCACAGUAACUUGUUCCGGUCAUUGCUUCGUUCUGUUAUAUUGUUCUGCAAACUAGAACGCUGGCAUUUUCUUUGUAUGAACAUUUAGCUAGUUUUGCUUCGUGAUAGCAUCUGACAUUCUGGGCAGAACAUUUGGAUGCAGAGGCGCAAACAAUUCUAGCUCGAGAAGGAAAUAUUGAUUUAUCAUUUUUCCAAAGGUACUAUUAUAAUGCCAUGUGGUCUAGCUACUAUUUGAGAUUUUUUAUUUUGAGGUUCCUCAUUUCUUUAAGGUGAAUGCUUGAUGUGUUCUUGCUUGAAGAAAUGAACUAAGAUCCUCUUCCAGUAGACCAUGUCAUUUAUCUACUGCAAUGUGUUAUUCAUUGACUUAUAUUAUUGCAUAGUACUCCAUCCGUCUCUGAAACAUCUUCACUUAUUUUCUUUUUUUAUUUUUCUCCAAAAUAUUUUCGUAAUCUAUUUUUGAAAAGAUUGAUGCUAAAUAGGCACAUUGUGUCCACCCACAAAUUAGCUAAAUAAAAAAAAAUUGUUAUAGCUAAAUUAGUUGAGGUUUCUACGCUUUAGAUGUGAUCAAGUUGAAGUUGUUGAGACAACUACUUGACUUUGAUGACGUACACACUAAUAAUAUCAUGUAGUUCAUUGAUUGUAAUUUCCUAUUAUGUUUAUGCUUAUAAAAUUUGGUUAUGCAAAUCUUAUCUUACACAAGUUAUUAUGUAGCGAGUUUGAGUUUGAACUCACGAAAUUAGACUUUCCCUUAAAAUAAUAGAAAUUAGAAAUCCAACACGACACUCGCAUAUAUAAUUAAUUAGAUUAAAACAAAAAUCAGUUCAAACGUAGCAAAUGUGUUGAUGUUACUCACCACCGCAUUACGCACAUAAGCACUAAACAAAUUUGAGGACAACGACUUUAUAAUUUUAUAUUUGCAGAAUAGAAUCAUCAAAUUUAGACAAGAACAAGAUUAGCGUUAAAAAGCCGGUCAUUAUUUUUUGGUCAUGUUACAAUUUAUUUAUAAAAAUUAAAAAUAUAGUAUUACUUGUGCAAUCUCUUGAUCUUGAAUACUAGAAGUGGCGUUUUGGGUCAUAAUAAGCUCAUUCUCAAGUUGCAAUUACUAUAUAAUCAUAUGUUCCCUAAUUAUUCAAAUAAUACACAUUUUUACUGCCAAAAGAAAUGAAUCCUCCGCCACCGGCCGGCGCCGCGGCCGGCUUUCACACCUUGCACCCCGAAAUCAUCGAUUCUCACAUCCUCAGCCGUUUGAACGGCCCAGCCCUCGCCUCCGCCGCGUGCUGCUCCACCGCUCUCCGCCGUCAGGCCUCUCACCACAACCUAUGGCUCAGCAUAUGCCACUCAACAUGGCCGGCCACCGCCUCUCCGCGCCUCACCCAACUCAUUUCCACCUUCCCCGGCGGCGGCCCCCGUGCUUUUUUCUCUCACGCAUUUCCUCUCCUCUCCCAACGCCCCAUCACCCACCCUUCCUCCGCCCCGCCGGAGAUACUCUCCGCCGUCGACAUACAUUACGACGGCAAACUAAUCUUCACCAAGCUCCACUCCACCGAAACAGGCGGCGACUGGUUCCGGUGGUCGCCUUUCCGGGUCGACCUUCUAGAACUCAAGGACUCCGCCCACGCCGCCGUCAAGAUCUCCGACGGCGACGGUGCCGGCAUGCAUGAAGGAAUUCUAGAUAGAAUGACGCUGAGCUGGAUUCUGAUUGAUCCGGCGGGGAGGCGGGCGGCGAAUUUGUCGUCGCACGAGCCCGUCUCCGUGAGGCGGCACUGGCUGACGGGGGAAAUGGAGGUGCGAUUUGGAUCGAUAUUGGGCGGCGACGGAGGUCACGUGCAGUGCGGGAUAGUAGUCACGUGCGGCGGCGAGAUGGAGGUGAAGGGAGUGAGGCUGGAGAUGGAGGACAUGGAUGGGAAGCAUUUGAAUGGGAAGGAGAGUGUAGUCAUUUUGCAGGGGGCGUUGGUGGGCAAAAAGGGCGCCGGGAAGAACAGGGGGGCGGUGGCGCGGCGGAGGUACGCAGAGUUUGAGGAGAUGAAGAAAGAGAGAAGAGAGAGAGAGUUGAGGAGGGAGGGAGAUUGGGACAUGGUGUGUUUAGCUAUUGGAGUAUCCAUUUAUUUCUAUUUUUGGUAUUAUUUUUUGUAAUUGUAAUUAAAGAUAGUGUCAUCUUGGAUUUGUUUUCUUUUUAAUUACUAUACUAUUUUAUUUUGGAUUAUUCACCUAUAAA